AUGGAGCCAGCUGAAUCGAAGCAUGUCAGGCAAACAACCACAACGACGCAGAUGCAACUAAACUCUUUGAGGACCGGGGUGCGACAGAGCAGAACAGUGAGUAUAUCCGUCGACAGACAGCAAGAUACGGUUAGUACUCAGGAGCGUGACAUACCUGUGGUGGCGGCGUCAAUAAACGCUGAGGAACUGGGAGACACAAGGGAUAAUGCUGGUUCGGCUCUUAGACGAAAGGCUGUUCCUCUUCAGGUGGAUCCCCGGCCGGUCCUGUUGGCUUGCCCCACACGGAAACUUUGA